GAUGAUUUCAGCGCAGCUCGAGAGCACAUCUGGAUUUUGUCUUCAGAUACUUUACAGCCUUCUCUUACUGUGGACCAAAGAAAUGAAUGGACUUUCGGACUUCUCAAAUUAUCUGUUUAGGAUCAUUAACAGUCAUUCAGCACAAGCCUGUGAUGGAGAUGUCUUGCUCCUCAGGUGCCCACGAUACUCAAGCAUAACUGUUCAGUCUGCGUUUUAUGGGCAGAGUGAAGCUGUGAAUGUGCCAGUAAUGAGAUGCCAAUGGCGUAAUCACAGCUGUUCCGCCACCACAGCACUGCAGAAAGUGCUGUAUGAAUGCCAGGGUCAUAGAGACUGCCAGCUGCUGGUUAAUCAUCACGUCUUCGGCCGAGAUCCUUGCCCUGGAACCCCUAAAUACCUCCAUGUGUCAUACAGGUGUAAACCUACGGAACACAAAAAGAGAGUAACAUGUGAGGGGGAUCGACUUUUGCUCCACUGCAAGUAUCCAAAAGUGCUCAAUAUCUACUCUGCCGUGUAUGGGAGACAGUUGGAAGAGGAAGACUAUUGCCCAUCAGAGAUAGGAGAACCCCCACCCUUUGAAUGCCUUUUUCAUGGAGCUGUGGGUGUGGUGACAAACAUCUGUUAUGGUAAACAAAGGUGCUUGUUAACCAUAGAUGAGGAGCAUUUCAAAGACCCCUGCCCUCCUGGAACAAAAAAGUAUCUCACUGUUCUCUAUGCAUGUGUACCACAAAGUUUACUCAAGGAGGCCGAUCCCAACCAUUUCCAAACUACCUCACUUCCUAGCCAGAGCACCAAAGAAGCAGAACGUCCAGUCGUCAAAAGUGCAAAGUUUCCUGAAAACAGGAUCAUUGUCAGCAAUUCUUUAAUGGCAUAUGGCUUUAUUAAAGAGCAUCCCGAGAUGGCAGGCCUGCUCUUCACUUCAAGUGUUUGUGUGGGACUUCUGGUCAUCCUGAUAGCUGUUUCAACUCAGAUAACCUGCAGCAGACACCUUAAUAAUCCUAGAACACUCAAUAAGAGUAGAACCACUGAACUAGAAGAGGAGCCAAUGAAUAAGGAUAUUGAUGAGGAGGAUGAAGAAGAUAACAGGUCAGAGUCAUUGAUGGACAGCUCUAACCUUUCAGAAAUAGGCAGAAAGUUGUAUUGUUGGGAGGAUGUGACGUACACCACAGAGGCAGCGGAGCUGAUGGAGAGGAUCGAACGACGGGAGCUCGUGAUUCAGGAGAUCAGGAUGAAUGCGUACCUCAAUGGAAACACAUGCAUCCUGCAUUCAUACUUGCCAACUGUUAAGCAGAAUGUGCAGUAGCUGUGGUUU